AUCGUGCGCCAUCACCACCGCUGAUGCUGAUUUAACUUUUAGUGCAUUUAGUCAGAUUUGGUGCAACUCUUUAAGCGAGUUAUGUAGUUUUAGUGGCGUAUAAGAAGAGAGUGGAUUUCAUUACAAUAAUUCUGCAAGUCUGAAAGACGCAUUUGCCGUGUUUUGAUUAAAUUUAUGGCAUGAUAGACAAUGUGAGCCGGGAAACGGUUUAUAUGUGAUUGAAAUAUAAUGUGUGUGGUAGAUUUUUCGCUGAUUUGUGUGGAAAACAGUUAUGGCGUCAUGAAUUAUGAUAGCCGAAUAAAUGCAUGCUAAAAAUUCGUAAUAAUGGGUGGAACAACACCAGCGGAUCCAAGUGAAAGGUCUGAAGCUCAACCCAUAAUGGACGUCAAACGGUGCAAAUAUCCAAUUUCCAUUGUAUGGACGCCUAUCCCACUUCUCACUUGGUUAUUUCCUAUAAUUGGGCACAUGGGAAUUGCCUAUACCACCGGAGUUAUCCGUGAUUUUGCCGGGCCAUACUACGUCUCCGAAGACGACAUGGCGUUCGGCAAACCUACAAAGUACUGGGUUCUCAGCACAGAGAAAGUUGUGGGCGGAGGUCAGGCCUGGGACAGAGCCAUUUACGAAGCGUCGGAAGAGUACAAGACGAGGAUGCACAAUUUGUGCUGCGACAACUGCCACUCGCACGUGGCCUACGCCCUUAACCUGAUGCGCUAUGAAGGCUCCUCUUCCUGGAACAUGGUCUGGCUGGCAUUAGGAAUGGUCCUUCACGGCCGUUAUGUCAGUUUUGCAGGGUUCAUCAAGACCUGGCUCCCAUUCCUCAUUAUCGUCUCCAUCAUCCUCAUUUUCACCCUAGUCCCAUUCUGAUCCCUUCCCACGUAAUAUUUAUAGUGUAAUAUUAUUUUACUUAUUUUUGCAUUUGCAACCAGCCUAAUUAAUUUAUGCCUGUCUCAAUAAAUCAUUGUAAAAUUUACGGUAGAAAUAAUGUGCUACAAGCCUACAAAUUGUGAUGCCAUUUAUCCACAAUGAUUUAAAUUUUUGGUUGAAUAAAUGGAACGGGAGAAAGGAAGUGAAAGUUCA